CUCUCUCUCUCUCUCUCUCCACAUUCAGACUCCAUUACUUCCACUCAGAUCACUGAGGGUUUCUCCAGCCGAGCUCACCAUCCAUCCGGGGUCAUGUUGUGGUUUCAGCGCGUCUCUCUCGGCCUCCUGGCGCUCCACCUGGCCGCCGUGCACGCAGUCUUCUUGGACGGUAAGGCAGCCAAUCAGGUGUUAACCAGGCGGAGACGGGCCAACAGCUUCCUCGAGGAGAUCAAAAAAGGCAACAUGGAGAGGGAGUGUAUUGAGGAGCGCUGCAGCUGGGAGGAGGCGCGAGAGAUCUUUGAGGACAACAAGAAAACUGAUGAAUUCUGGGCCAAGUACGUAGACGGCGAUGCAUGCUUGUCACAGCCCUGUGCGUACCAAGGAGUUUGCAAAGAUGGAAUCGGCACCUACACCUGCUUCUGCCAGUCCGGGUACCAGGGCCACGACUGUGAAAUCGUUAUUCCUGAGCUCUGCGAGAACAAAAACGGAGGCUGUGAACAUUUCUGCAACGUCAUCAGUGGAAACAUUCUGUGCUCGUGCACUGACGGAUAUUACCUGGCGUCAGACGACAAAUCCUGCCACUCCAGCGAAACCUUCAAAUGUGGCGCCAUCCACACCUCACACAUCCGGACCGUGUUCAGGUACCAGCGGAAGAACGUGACGGCAGAGAACGCUAACGGGGUGAAUCUGACGGACCUCAACGCUAACUUCACCAACCUGACAAACGAGUCCUUAUCAAGCUUUCUGAACGUCACCGUCACCCAGACUUUACCAAGUGAGCCAGUUUAUGAAGAAUAUAUCAACUCUCACAUGGCCAGUAUGACACGCAUCGUCAACGGGGAGGACUGUCCGCCAGGAGAAUGUCCGUGGCAGGCUCUUCUCAUGAAUGAGGAUCACCAAGGCUUUUGCGGAGGAACCAUCCUGAAUGAAUACAUCAUCCUGACCGCCGCCCACUGCAUGAACCAAUCACGCUACAUCUACAUCAAACUCGGUGUGUUUGACGUGUUGGUGGACAGCGUUAACGAAGCCGACCACAUGGUGGAAACCAUCAUCACCCACAACAGAUACAGACCAGAAACCUACCACAACGACAUCGCACUCAUCAAACUGGCCACGCCCAUUAAGUUCACCAGGUUCAUCCUGCCGGCCUGCUUACCCGAGUCAGACUUUGCAGAAAAGGUCCUGAUGAAGGAGCCGGACGGGGUGGUUAGUGGUUUCGGCCGGAUUGGCGAGGGUCGGCAGCCGUCCCCCAUCUUGCAGCGCCUCUCCGUCCCGUACGUGGAACGCCACAUCUGCAUGGAAUCCACACAGCUGCGCAUCUCUACUCGCAUGUUCUGUGCCGGCUACGACCAAGAGGCCAAGGACGCCUGCCAAGGAGACAGCGGCGGCCCACAUGUCACUCGCUACCGCAACACAUACUUUGUCACCGGCAUCGUGAGCUGGGGCGAAGGCUGCGCACGCAAAGGCAAAUACGGAGUCUACACCCAGGUGUCGAAAUAUAUUCGCUGGAUCCACGACGGCAUCGACAAGCUAGUGCCCAAAAAGGCAGACGGCAGCCGGCUGAAGAGGCACACAGGCCCCAUCAAGAGGCUGACUCUGUAAACAAACAUGGCCGCUCACUGAGCUCACGUCCUCUGAGCCUCUCAUGAAAUCACAGAUUCAAUGUUUGAAGCUUCUUCUAAAUAAAAUGGAUAAUUUGAAAACAUUUGGACUAAAACGAGCUGUAAUAACAUCAAUCAUAUUUGCUUUUAGGAGUACUUAUAGAUGUGGUUAGUGCUGAGGUUCCCCAGGGUUCUGUUCUCGGUCUUUUAUAUUUUCUGUUUGCUUAAAGCGAUGUACGAACAAAAUCUACAAAACAACAACAUGAGCAACAUAAAGCAGCUUUUUCCAGCAUUUUGUUGUUCUUCUUACAAACUCUUGUGGAUGAAGAGGAACUGAACUUAAUUUACAUUUAAAACUUGUGAAUAAAAUCUGUUUUCGUGUAUUUCAAUCAGUCAACGUCAGAAUUUAACUUUUUAUUAACGUAAUUGAAAGCAAAUAAAGAAAUUCCACAAUCCAGAGAA